AUGAAGUUUUAUUAUCAGGUCGUGACGACCCCGACCGCCGAUACUCCGGGCACUUCCCUGCUCCUCCACUUUCCAGACAAGCGCUAUUUCUUUGGACAGAUUUCUGAAGGGACUCAGCGAGCAUGCACAGAACGCGGUGUUAGGCUCUCAUUUCUCACUGAUAUUUUCAUCACGGGUCGUAUAGAAUGGCAGAAUACUGGUGGUUUGAUUGGAACGAUCCUUACCCAGGCCGAUGGAAGUGCUACCUCGAGUAGUGCACUGGAAACUACCGCUCGUGAGAAAGCUGAGCGCCGGACUCAAGCGGAUAACAAGAAACCAGGCGCGUCACCCAAACAGGAACAUGGUGUGCCUUAUGCAGUGCACGAUGGAGAAGUGGUAGUGCAACGAGGGAGUUUUACGCUUCAUGGGGCUAGGAACUUGACACACACCUUAGCCACUGCCCGAAGAUUCGUUUUUCGAAGGGGCAUGCCGGUUUUCACAAGGGAAUAUGAUUCUGAGAGCGUGCCUAACGGCGCCUCGGUGGAUGUGAAUGACCCUUUCCAACAGCCCUCCUGGUCGGACAACAAUAUUAAAGUAUGGGCCAUGCCUGUCAGUCCUUCCUCGGUGGCCCAGGGAAAUGAUGCUCCACAGCGUCCCAGGAAAAGAAGCCUCGACGAAUUCCAAGAGAACAAUAUUGAUACUUCUGGGGAUAUAGAUCAGCGCACUCGGGAUCAGAUCACGAGGCAAGCUAUUGUUACUGACAUGUUUAACUCCUCAUGGCGCAUGGAUGCAUUAGUGGAAACCCGUUUAGCCGAUGUUAAGAUGCCUGCAGUGAUGUUUGUCCGCAAUCCGGAGACUAAGUCUCUCGAAGAAUAUAAGGGACCUGCUCCAGGAAGCAAUACACCUCUUCCUAACAUCAAGGUCUUUGUACGACAACCUUGGCCUGGCGCAACUGUUGAGAAAAUUCCUCCCACAUCUUGGAGCCGUGAGGCCGUUUCGUAUGUCGUGCGAAACCACGAUAUUAGAGGCAAAUUUGACCCAGCGAAGGCUCAGGAACUCAAGGUCCGCAAAGGUGGAGAUUAUGGGAAACUAACAAAGGGCGAGAGCGUGCUCUCAGAAGACCAAAAAGUUAUUACACCUGAGAUGGUUCUAGGGCCCCCACGGCUUGGGAAGGGAAUAGCAAUUAUUGAUUUGCCUACGCCUGAUUAUGUUGAGAACUUGGUCAAUCGGCCGGAGUGGAAUUCGCCUUCCGUGACAACAAACCUCGAAGCGUUUGUCUGGAUUCUUGGUCCAGGUGUUGGGGAUCACCCUCAACUUCGCAAGUUCAUUGCAAGGAUGUCUCAUUGCAAGCACACUGUGUCCGGUACUGACUAUACCCCAAAUUACCUAGCCCUAGCAAGUGUUGCGUGUUCGUCGAUCCGGAUGGCACAAUUAAGACGCGAAAAUCAUCCAGUUCCUGUCCAUGACAACGUGACCCUUCCACAACCAGGCACAUCUACGGAUAAAUCGAAGGCCGCAACGGAAAAAACCGAGACAUUGCCAUUUGAACCACUAGAACCUGGGCUAAUCAUUAAUAUGGAACCUAAGUUUGAGUUUAACCGUUCCGAAGUUGUACGGCCCUUUAAUGCGGCGGAAGUAGUGCAGCAAAAAAUGCCGGCCGCAGUUGAAAAGCGCAUGAACACGAUUGGUAAACGUGUGAAGAAACAUGAAUUUCAGCAAAAACUGGAUCACUUCCUGCACAACCUCCCUGGGUCCAACGUGGAAAUUAUAACUUUAGGGACGGGGUCAUCUUCACCAUCCAAGUACCGCAAUGUCUCGAGUACACUUGUCAACGUGCCUGGAUAUGGCUACUAUUUGUUUGACUGUGGCGAGUCUACCUUGGGCCAGCUUAAGCGCGUGUUUGGGCAUGAAAAAUUGCGAGAGGUCUUGCGGAACUUGCGGUUAGUCUGGAUUAGCCAUCUUCACGCGGACCACCAUCUUGGUACUGCGUCGCUUAUUAAAGCGUGGUUUCAAGAGAACUACCCCCACGGAAUUCCUAGGACGGACAAUAUUGUGACCGACAUGUCUAAGAUUCUUAAGGAGAAACGUUUGUUCUUAGUGUCCGAGGAAAUGAUGAUUAGAUGGCUAGAAGAAUACGCAGGUGUUGAGGACUAUGGUUUCAGCAAGCUUAUUCCCGUGACUGCGUCUCCUUUCAUAUCAGACAAUAAAAUUCAGACAAGGUUCUCCUAUCGCCACUGCUGCGGCGACGGCUCGUACCCAGAAUAUGAAUCUGAAAAUGGAAGCCCCCAGACCACAGCUCUAGCUUUCGACGAAAAAACGUCUCCCUUAGCACCACUUCUUCGCGAAGCUACUGGGCUUUCUGAUCUUCUGACUACUAAAGUGAGUCACUGCAAGGGCGCCAUGGCGGUCUCCCUUGUCUUCUCAGAUGGUUUCAAGAUCUCAUUCUCAGGUGAUUGCCGACCUUCUCCAGCCUUUGCCGCAAUUGGCCACGGAUCAACGGUUCUCAUCCACGAAGCCACCUUCCACGAUAACAUGAAAGGAUCGGCUAUUGCCAAAAGGCAUUCCACGACAGUAGAAGCCCUUGAAGUUGGCCGUUUGAUGGAAGCUCGGGCUAUCAUUCUCACCCAUUUCAGCCAACGCUAUCAGAAAUUCACACAUGUUGAGCGGGAGAAAACUUCACUCCCUACGAAGCAAGAAGAGACAAUCGUCCAACCGCCUGAGCAUCCGGAUAUUCCAGACGAAGAGCCAGACACAAUUGAAGGCCAGGGCUCUGUGCCACCACUGCAAUUUGACAGCAACUAUGCAGUGAAAGAAAGGCCAAGAUUGAAUGUUCCCGUAGUCGGGGCCUUUGACUACAUGCACAUCCGCGUUGGCGAUAUGCCAUAUACACAGGCCUACGCUCCUGCCAUAGAUAAAUUAUACCAAAUUACUGAACGAGCUUCAGCAGAGGAGACGGAAAAGCGCAAACUGGAACUAGAAAAACAGGCUGCUAUAGUGAUGGAGAAGAAAGCUCUCAAGCACGCGAGACGUCUAAAACUGGAGAAUAAGGCUGCUGCCCCAGACACUACGAACGAAAACAUGGAAAUCGAUGAAAUGAAACCUCCAAAACACUCGGCCUGGAGCGCCAGCGAGAGCGAAAGUGGCUGGAGCACCAGUGGUGAUGAGAAAGAAAUUAGGAUCCGUCGCCGAAGCACCCCUCGAAAGCAGGAGUCGAAGUAA